GUGCGAGCACGAGGAUAACCCCCGGUAACAUACGGAAUCUUCUGGGUCGUGUUUCUCUCUUUCUUUUCUUAUUCUCGAAGUUUUCACCCGAGGCAAACAGUUCAAAGGGGAGAUCUCUUCUCAAAUUUGAAUUAGCUUCGUAAACGACUGCAAGAGAGAACAAAAUUAGCGUUCUGGGUCUGCAAUGUCUUCUCCUGCCGAAUUUUAUAAAUCUCUUCCACCCAUAACCAAGGCUUAUGGGACCGCGUGUCUGUUGAUGACUACGGCCUACCAGAUUGGGCUUUGUAAUCCUCUAUAUAUUGCAUUAGAAUAUAAACUAGUAUUCUCACAUUUUCAGGUGUGGAGGCUGAUCACAAACUUCUUUUUCCUUGGCGGUUUCUCUAUCAAUUUUGGAAUCCGCCUUUUGAUGAUAGCUAGAUAUGGAGUUCAGCUUGAGAAGGGACCAUUUGAGAGGCGGACAGCAGAUUUCUUGUGGAUGAUGAUAUUUGGAGCUUUUUCAUUAUUGGCAUUAGCAGCCAUCCCCUUCCUUUGGACCCCUUUAUUGGGAAUAUCACUUGUGUUCAUGCUUCUCUAUGUCUGGAGUAGAGAAUUUCCAAAUGCCCAAAUCAACAUAUAUGGCCUUGUGUCUCUUAAGGCAUUUUAUCUACCAUGGGCGAUGCUUGCUUUGGAUGUUAUUUUUGGUUCAAAAAUUUUGCCAGAUCUGCUGGGAAUCAUUGCAGGGCAUCUGUAUUACUUCUUGACCGUGUUGCAUCCACUUGCUGGUGGGAAAAUAAUGCUAAAGACUCCAAUGUGGGUACAUAAACUAGUUGCAAGGUGGCGGAUAGGAGCUCAGCCAAUUACUCAUGCUCAGCCAGAAAGGACAACUGGUGCUGCUUUCAGAGGGAGGUCCUAUCGACUAAAUGAUUAGUUCUCGUUUACUUUUUUCUUUAAUGACACACUAACAAGGGGGUUCCGGCAAGAGUCGUGACAAUAGCAUUCAAAUGUUGUUCAGUGUGAAUUUCAAUUCUCAAGGAGAUUUAUUUUGUAGAACAGAAAUAAAAACAUGCCAAGUAAUACUUGUUCAACACGUUUGGAAUUAUUUAAUUUCCAAUUCAUUCCCAUUGUGUACGUGUCAUAGCAAGGCUUUUAGGAUAAGGGGACUUGCUCAAUCUUGAAUCAGUAUUUGUUGAUUUUUAUUGUUACGUUAUCUCAAUUGUAUUGCAGUCUAUUAAAUAAUAGUAGUUUACAACCUUUUAAUGUGCAA